AGAAUUCAAGGGUUACUAACGCUCCAAGAAAUCAGAAAACAGAACUCUUCAAAAUAGAAAAACACAGAGGACAAAAUUUUUAUGCAAAAACCCUAACAAAAGAGAGAGAUAAAGAAGAUUUGGGAAGUGGGUGUUUGUUAAAAAGAGGUUUUAUUAGCUUAAUUCACUCUAUCACCCUUUUAAAGAGAGAUUAUUCAGGCUGUUUGUACUGCUGAUCGAGUUGGAAUAAACAUGAAGAUUUGGUUCUAGUCACGCAGAGAGAACAAAAUCUGCAUUCACGCUACACCUAUGGAUGGUGAGGUGGUAGACGUGGAAGUCAGGGAAGGGAAUAAUCACUUGGCAGUGAUUGCUGACCCGAAUGAGACUGAGAAGCAGAAUACAACCCGGAAUUAUACGGAAGCAGCAGUUAGAAAUCAGGAUGAUGAUGGAAUUGCUUUACCGCAUGUCGGCAUGGAAUUUGAAUCAGAAGAUGCUGCAAAGACAUUUUAUGAUAACUAUGCUAAGCGUAUGGGAUUUAGCACCCAUGUUGGUCAGUUUACACGUAGUAGGCCUGAUGGGCCAAUUGUGACUUGGGAGUUUGCUUGUUCCAAGGAGGUUUUCAAAAGGAAGAAUAUUGAGAGCUGCAAUGCCGUGCUUAGGAUAGUGAGGAAAGAUUCACAUUCAGACAAUUGGGCUGUGACAAAGUUUGUUGAGGAACAUAACCACUCUCUGGGGACUCCUGGUAAGGUCCUUCGACCACGCAGGCAUUUUGCUGGUGCUACAAAAAACAUGGCUGAAACGCUGGAUGCCACUAAUGAUGUUUAUGUUUCAACAGACGGAAGUCACGUGCCUCAUGAACCAAACCAUGUUAGGAAUGCCUUCCCUGUAGAACCUAAUAAUCUAGUCAGAAAUGUUGCGCCUCUGCCUGCAACCUAUUUCAGGGCUCCUGGUGGAAGGAAAUCCCUUGGAAGAGAUGCUCAUUGUCUCCUGAACUAUUUCAAGAAGAUGCAAGCUGAGAACCCUGGCUUCUACUAUGCAAUUCAACUUGAUGAUGAGAACCGCAUGACUAAUGUCUUCUGGGCUGAUGCAAGAUCAAGGAUUGCUUAUAGUCACUUUGGCGAUGCAGUUGUUUUUGACACGAUGUAUAGACCAAAUCAAUAUCAAGUGCCUUUUGCUCCUUUUACAGGCAUGAAUCAUCAUGGUCAGAUGGUAAUGUUUGGUUGUGCAUUGCUUCUAGAUGAGUCUGAGUCUUCCUUUACUUGGUUAUUUAGGACAUGGUUAUCUGCAAUGAAUGGCCAGCCUCCUGUUUCUUUCACCACAGACCAAGAUAGAGCCAUACACAUGGCUGUUGCGCAGGUAUUUCCAGAAACUCGUCACUGUAUUUGCAAGUGGCACAUCUUGAGAGAAGGCCAAGAUAGGUUGGCUCAUAUAUAUCUUGCUCAUCCUUCCUUCUAUGGAGAGCUUUAUAGCUGCAUUAACUUUUCUGAGACAAUUGAGGAUUUUGAAUCAUCAUGGGCCUCUCUCCUUGAAAAAUACGACCUCCAAAGGAUAGAGUGGCUUCAAGCUGUGUACAAUGCUCGCCAACAGUGGGCACCGGUUUAUUUUCGUAACACUUUCUUUGCUGCCCUUUCUUCAAAUCAUGGUAUCAGCUCCCUCUUUGAUGGGUAUGUGAAUCAACAGACCACAAUACCUUUGUUCUUUAAACAAUAUGAACUCGUGCUUGAACAUUCUUUGGAAAAGGAAAUAGAAGCAGACUAUGAUACAAUUUGCACCACUCCUGUACUUAAGACACCAUCGCCAAUGGAACAACAAGCUGCAAACCUUUAUACCAAGAAAGUGUUCACAAAGUUUCAGGAAGAACUAGUUGAAACUUUUGUGUAUACAGCAAAUAAGAUUGAACGAGACGGGAUGGCCACUAAAUACAGGGUUGCAAAAUAUGAGCAUGAUGACAAGGCAUACAUAGUGAUGUUGAAUAUAUCUGAGAUGCAAGCAAGUUGUAGCUGCCAGAUGUUUGAAUAUUGUGGCAUUCUCUGUAGACAUAUACUAACUGUCUUCACUGUAACAAAUAUUCUUACCCUCCCAUCUCACUACAUAUUGAAGCGAUGGACAAGGAAUGCAAAAUCUUGGAUUGGAUCAGAGGAACAGAGUGCGGAUUCACAAGGUCUUGAUACUCUGACCUCUCGCUUUAACAAUUUGUGCCUUGAAGCUAUUAAAUAUGCAGAGGAAGGAGCAGUUGCCAUUGAGACUUAUAAUGCAGCAAUCAGUAAUUUAAAAGAGGGUGGAACAAAGAUUGCUUCUGUGAAGAAAAGUGUUGCAAAAGUCACACCUUAUAGAUCACAUUUUAGUGGAAAUAGUCAAGAAGAAAAUAACAAGAAAACCCCUACUGCUCCUCAUGAAAUGAUCCCGUCAUUGUGGCCUUGGCAGGAUGCUAUGCCACCUCGGUUUAAUCUUAAUGAUGGGGGAGUACCUUGUGCAGAUUUGAAUCAGCCCAGCAUGGCCCCUGUAUCUAUUCACCGUGAUGGUGGUCCAACUGAUAACUCGGUGGUUCUCACUUAUUUUAAGUCCAUGACUUGGGUCAUUGAAAAUAAGACUUUGACACCAGCUGGUAAAGUAGCUGUCAUCAACUUGAAGUUGCAAGAUUAUGGUAAAAAUCCAUCAGGGGAGACAGAGGUACAGUUUAGGUUAACCAAGGUCACGCUGGAGCCUAUGUUGAGAUCCAUGGCCUACAUUAGCCAGCAGCUCUCAACUCCAGCUAAUCGAGUUGCUGUCAUCAAUCUGAAGCUCCAAGAUACCAAGACAACAACUGGAGAAACAGAGUUAAAAUUUCAGGUUUCUAGAGACACACUUGGUUCCAUGCUGAGAUCAAUGGCAUACAUCCGUGAGCAACUGUGAGAGCUGUUUUCCGGCAGCAGCUUCAUUUUACCAAUUCUGUCAAGAAUGGUAUAAUCUGUUAGAAUUCCUUUGGGUGAGCUGAGCCCGAAAGAGAUCCAGGCUUCCAGCUACACUGGGAAAGCUAGCAGGAGUGGAAGUGUACUCUUUCUGGUCUGGUAACCAUUCGUGUAUGAUGUGCAUGCUCCAGUGACAUACAAGACGUGGCCUUAGCUGUAGUUAGGUAUGGGGUAUUGCUAUUCCAUAUGACCAAGUUUGGAUUAGCUGUAGUUAGGCAUUGUUAAUCUUAUUCCUAACGUCUAGAUAAGAUAAUACAUGGUUUCCUUGUAACAAUGGGCUGGAAACUUGAUUUGUAAAUGCGAGUAAUUGCGAACAGUCUUAUAAUAUUAUAUUGAAUGAGCAUUGCAUAUAUAUUAUUGUUUCCCCUC